GGAGUGAUGACGUUUUGCACAACAACAAUACAGAAAUGGAUGUCAGACGGACUCGUAAAAAAGACGUGCCCCCAAGAACGGGACAUGUUUGCGUGUGUUUCGACAAGUACAUGGUUGUUUGGGGAGGAUAUGCGAAUGUUAAUUAUCUUCAUGAAAGGUACCUGCCUCCGACUGACAUUUGGCUGUACAACACAGAUGUUGGAUACUGGAUGAGGAAAGAGACAUCAGGUCAGCAUCCCCCUGGGACGUCCGGUGCCUCAGCCUGUCUGUUUGAACACUACAUGUACCUGUUUGCUGGACACACAGAAGAGGGAAACGUCAACACACUUUACAGACUGGACCUUCGUACACUGGAGUGGGAACAGGUGGAGCCUGUACCUGGCUGUGACCUGCCCAGUCCUCGGGACAAAUGUGUCUGCUGGACCCACCACAACAAACUUUACUUUUUUGGAGGAUUUUGUAUGCCUCUGUGCGGCUAUCUUAGAGAAAAUGGUGAAUUCCAUACCGAUACAAGUUUAUCCACAAUUGGGGACAGGGGAUGGAAUAACCAGUUAUUGGUGUUUGAUCUGGAAACAAGGAUGUGGAGCAAUCCUCGCUGUAAAGGUCGAGUCCCGUCCUCUCGUGCGGCUCAUGCAGCAGCAAAGAUCGGUAAUCAGGUAUACCUGUUUGGUGGUCGUCAUUUAGCAGAAAGAAUGAAUGACCUUCAUCAACUUGACCUUGAAACAUUAACAUGGACAGGACCGUUGGUAACGACAGGUAGUGUUCCACCAGGCCGGUCAUGGCACACGUUUACCCAGGUGUCCGAGAAGCAGAUUUUCCUGUAUGGUGGAUUUGACCAGAAGGACAACCCUCUAAAUGAUGCCUGGAUACUGGACACAGUGGACCUGACCUGGACAAAGCUUGAUCAUUACCAGAAAUGUAACGCUCACCUGUGGCAUACAGCCUGUAGGACGAUGGACGGCGAGGUGGUCGUGUUUGGGGGGUGUACAAAUAACAUACUUAGCCCUCAGGAACCCACGAAACAUACUAAUGAAGUAUUAACAUUUCUUCUCAAUCCAGUCUCUCUACUCAGGAUGAGCCUUCACACCGUAUACAAAUACAAAGCAAGGACUUGUUCAGACUGGGAGAAUCUUCCGCAAUCACUGGCCGCCUGGCUAAUGACGAAAAAGGAAAUGAUGAUGCGAGAGGAGGAGAAGGAUGAGGAGGAAACAAGAGAUACCGGACAGUCAGUUGGAUCUACAUGUAUUGUAGCAUGACCUUAGUGAAAUGGCCGUGACAUUUUACUUACAACCUUCUCCAGACAAAAGACUGGUGUAAAAAGGAUUGGUGUAAAAACAGUGUAAACUGGAAAUAUCUGGAAUAUUACAGUUACUGACACCAGGCUGAAACAUCCAAAAUGUUAAAGCUAUUCAAAUGUGGGAUAAGUGAGAGUAUGAAUAUAAAGUAUAUUGACUCUAAGACCUAUAUGAACAGCUAAACAGGCAUUGGAUACUUGUGAUAACUGUGCUGUAUGACAUCACCUUUACAAGAUCAUGUUACCCUGUGAUAUACCAAGAUAUUUCACUGUAAUAUCAUUAUCUUGUGAUGUUCUAAAUUAUUGAAUCUUUUGUCAUUACAUUUGUACUUUUAUGCGCCCUGUACUUCUUGAAGAUCCUCUCAAAGUUUCAAUGUGCUGAAUUUUUUUAGUCUUCAGUUGAAUGCUCAAAAUCACUUCAUUUGGAUCAGAAUCAUGAAGUUACAUGACUGUUUUGAUGAUGUCAACAAUGAUUCAGGCUUAUUUUGAUGAUUUCAUCAAUAAUGCAGCCUUGUUUUGAUGAUGUCAUCAAUGAUGCAGCCUUUUCUAGCAUUUUGCUUUCUUUGUUUUUCUUCCUCAACUCAUUUUGAAGAAAUCUAACCUUUACCACUUACAGAGGAUGAUGAUGUCUUAUUGUGUGGAUAAAAUAUUUGUGUAAGAAAGUGUGGGUACAAUAUUUGUGUAAGUAAGUGUGGGUACAAUAUUUGUGUAAGUAAGUGUGGGUACAAUAUUUGUGUAAGUAAGUGUGGGUACAAUAUUUGUGAGAGAAGCUAUGGACACCAUAUUUAUGAGAAACUGGGGGUACGAUACUUGUGUGAGAAACUGUGUGGAUAUAUUAUUUAUGUGAGAAUCUGUGGGUAUAAUAUUUAUGUGAGAAUCUGUGUGGGUACAAUAUUUUUAUAAGAGGUGUAUGGUAGAUAGAUGUGGAUGGGUUAGCUUGUUAUAUUAUAUUUGCAUUGGUCGUUAAUUCUACUUCAGAUGAAAUUUUACAGUUUAUAUUAAGCUCACUGGAAAAGUGUUCUGACAAUACUAAUGAGGAUACAGCUGAGGUACAUGCAUGUUCUUUGUUACAAGAUUUUUCCGUUGAUGCUACAUUUUGAGACCUGCUGACCUUCAUUGUGACCUUUGACAUACUUAAAAAAAAAAACUUGACCACAGUAAAUUAACUGUAAGAGAUGGCUUUCAUAUUUGACCUGUGUGUUCCUUGUCACAGGACCUUUCUAUUGGUACUAAAUUUACAGACCAUCUGAACUUGGCCAUGACCUUUGAACUAUUGCUGACAGUGUUUUAUCUUCAUUGUUUUGGGGCUUUCUCUACCCGGCAAGCCCUGUUGUAUUCUAACAACUCUUGUUUCUGUAUAAGGUCUGCCAUGUCAUGAGAUAUUAUAUCUUUUGUUAUUUAUUUUAUGACAAUGUAUUGAUGUAGCUUUACAAAUAUGUUACUUCUUUGUGACAAGGAUACCUUGGGCAAUCGGGACACUGCAGCAACAAAUUCCAAAACAUUACAAUCAAGGUUUAAGCUGUUUUAUGAUAUCCCCUUCAACACUUAAGUGUUGGGGGCCAGAAAACAACGAGUUGUUAUUUAUGGAAAUAUCUCAGAAUGGAGACCUGUCUGAUCUGGAGUUCCACAAGGGUCUGUUAUAGGUCCGCUUCUGGUUGUUAUCUUCAUAAAUGACCUUUCAGAUAGUCUGAAUUCGGAGGCUACUUGUUCGCAGAUGACACUAAAAUAUUCAUUACUUAUUUAUUACUGAAGAAAAUGAUCAAACCUUUCUUCAGGAAGAUCUCUAAUGAAUGGGAAAAUGUGGUAUUUUGCAUUACCUGCAUUACAUUUUAAAGAUUUUGUGUGAUUUAAUAACUCACCUGCCCAAGUGUCAAGUGAGUUACUGCCAUGGUGUGGCGUUCUUUGUCCAUCUGUCUGUCCAACAACAGAAUUUCCAUUCUAACACCUCAAUAUAUCCAAGAGGCCCAGGGUCAUGAUAUUAGGCAAGUAGCAUGCUGGGAUGAAGGGCUUCCAAGGUUGUUCAAGUGGAUGACCUUAUCUUAAAAUCUUCAAACAUUUUCUUCUCCUUAACCAAGAAACCCAGGGUCAUGAUAUUAGGCCUGUAAGAUGGACGCUACCAUGUUUGUUCAAUUAAAUGACCUUGACCUAUUUUUAAAAUCACAGAUGAAAUAUAUUAAAAUUUUUAAACAACUUCUCAAUAACUCAAGAGGCCCAUAGUCAUGAUAUUGGGCCCAUAACGUCCUUGGAUGAGGGGCUACCAAGUUUUGUUGAAUUGAUAAACUUGGAUUUCUCUUAUCUUUGAAUAAAGUAGUAAUCAUCUCCAUA